AUGGCGGCGCCCUGUGGCUCCUCACAGCUCUCCGCCGCCGAGUCGCCGCUCAAGAUCCCCAAGAUGGAGGUGCUGUCUCCCGGCUCGCCCGGAGCGCUGAGCGACGGCAACCCCAGCCUCUCCGACCCUUCCACGCCCAGCGGCGCCUCCCCGUUAGGCCCCACCGGAGCGGGGUCAGUGACGGCGGCGGCGGCGGCUACCUCAGCGGGGGCCAGUUCGGGGGGAGGCGGCGGCGGCGGCAUCGGGGCCUCUCCUUCCGUCUCCUUCUCUCCGGGCAGCAGCGCCGCGGCGGCGGCGGCGGCGGCUUGCCGAGGCAUGUCGUGGACGCCGGCCGAGACCAACGCGCUGAUCGCCGUGUGGGGCAACGAGCGGCUGGUGGAGGCGCGGUACCAGCAGUUGGAGGGCGCCGGCACCGUCUUCGGCAGCAAGGCGCCCGGGCCCGCCAUGUACGAGCGCGUCUCCCGAGCCCUGGCCGAGUUGGGCUACGAACGGACCCCGUCGCAGUGCCGGGAGCGCAUCAAGACCCUUCGCAGGUGUUACAGCCGAGUGAAGGAACAUGGUGUGGGCAAAAGGAAAAGCAGUUACACAUUUGAACAGUUGGAGCAGGUCUUUGGUCAAGGAGGAUGGGACUCUCAACUCUGCCAACCGGUGCUCAUCAAUAGCAGUGGCUUAUAUCAAGAGCUGGAGUCUGAUGGUAGCACAAUGGAGGAAUAUUCGCAGGACGAAUGGGGGAACCAUAGUCAGGAUCUUUUCUGUUACCAACCAGGCGAGCAAGAGUUAGAUGAAAUGCCUGCAGUGAAGAAAUCACUGAAGAUAAAACAGGAAUCUUCAGAAGAUUCUCAGAAGUGCGACCUAAUGCAGAAUAUUGUACAGAUCUUGGAAUCCGUCCAGUUAAAAUGGGAACUCUUUCAGAGUUGGGCGGACUUUUCUAGGCUACACCUUUCUAACAAACUGGCUAUAUUUGGGAUUGGCUAUAAUACACGGUGGAAGGAGGAUAUCCGUUACCACUACGCUGAGAUCAGUUCCCAAGUUCCCCUUGGCAAGCGGCUCCGGGAAUAUUUCAACUCGGAGAAGCCCGAGGGCAGGAUCAUCAUGACCAGAGUCCAGAAAAUGAACUGGAAGAAUGUUUACUACAAAUUCUUAGAGAUUACUAUUAGCGAAGCCAGAUGCCUAGAGUUACACAUGGAAAUUGACUGGAUACCUAUCGCUCACUCCAAGCCAACGGGUGGGAAUAUUGUCCAGUAUUUAUUACCUGGAGGCAUUCCAAAGAGCCCUGGUCUGUAUGCCAUCGGCUACGAAGAUUGUCACGAGAAGCCGCCAUCUCCCGAUCACGAGAGUGUCAGCCAAGAGCCGGAAAACGAAACUCUGGGAGAAACGGAAAUGCCCUUGUCGCAAGCUUCCCUCAAAGUGGAGAUGGAGCCCACCAGAAUCAUCUAUUGUUACCUGGGCAUUGCCGAGGUCAGGACACUCCAGCAGUGCUUGUUUUUACAUUUUCAGGCCAACACCAAGACCUUCAGCAAAGAGUGGGUUGGCAUCAAUGGAUUUUUGUCACAAAAUUGUAUCGUGGACCCGGGAAUUUCUCCUAAGUCUAUUUAUAUUAAAUUUGUAGAAGUAGAGAGGGACUUCCUUUCUGCUGGCUCUUUGGUAGAGUGCCUGGAAAAAGCCAUUGGAUACCCCUUGAAAUUUAACAACUGACUCUCCUCCUUCAUAAGGAUCAGGACUUUGUAAGUAUCACCUGUGGCAUUUUGGGCGUCCGAUUAGUACAAGAC